AUGACUCUCGGAGAGGUUUGGAGCUGCGACUGCUCUCACUCACAGGUGGAGGGCGUGGCUGAUGCUCUGGUGGAGUUGCUCUCAGCAGCGAGGCGUCAGGACUGCGUCACACUGGGAGUUUAUGAAGCUGCACAACUGCUCAAUGUAGACCCGGACAGUGUGGUCCUGUGUGUUCUAGCAGCGGACGAGGCAGACGAGUGCGACGUCGCUCUGCAGAUCCACUUCACACUCCUGCAGGCGUUCUGUCGCGAGGUCCACAUCGACCUGCUGCGCGUCAGCGGAAUGAGACGUCUGGCCGAGGCACUGGGAGAAACACCCACCUCAGAAGGACACGCCCACCAGCCCAAAGACCUGCACUGCAUCCUGGUCACGAAUCCACUGGUUGACCACAAGAAGUUAAGUGAAGUGGGUCGGUUUUGUCGAGAGAACCUCUGCAGAAACCAGUGGCUCCCUCACAUCAACCUGGAUGAGCGCUGAGGAGCACCUGAGCACCAGGACCCAAUGCUACGCUGAAGACGUUGGAUCUGAAGAGAGCGUUAGGUUGACUCCUACAGCAAAUCUGUGAAUCCGUGAUCACGGAGACAGCGCUACUCGUGUGUACAGUAACGCUACCUCGACUCAUCUAGCAUUAACUUACACGUGCUAACUGUAAUGAUGGAGGUGUGACGGAGGAGAGCGGUGCGGCUAUGGCUAAGGUUUAUAUCCACGCUGCGUGCAGGAUCUCACACACAAACGGCAGGACGUUCUCCUCGGCAGGUUCGAGCUCGCGUC